CGUGUGUUACUGUCCGUCGAGGCUGUUCCGGGUCCACAUUUAUUCAUUGUGGGUCAAAUCAAUGGAAGUUGUUGUUUCUGGGAGUUUUGAAAUGAUGAAACUGUGCACGCCAUGAUGCGCGCAGGAGCUGCAGCGUGUCAGUAUGUUGUGAAAAGAAGCAAACACGUUUUCUUUUCUCGAAGUUGCACUGCUCGGACAAUGGCAGCUGUCGGUUUGCAUUCGGUGACACAGCGCAGCUCUGUUAGGCAGAGGCUGCGAUGUUUGCUGAAGCUGCGUUAGUGCUAGUAAUGAAUUCCCCAAUCUGGACAUAAUGAAGAGUCAUCUUUCCGUUAGUGCUGGUGUAACAAUAUUGAUGAUGACUUUGGGAAGAGAUCAGCUCCACAUACGUGGCUUCUCUUUCGUGCUAGUACUUAUGCUAGCAGGAGCAGACAGGAAGCUUUGACCCUGACAUGAGCGGCAGGCCCAUCCUGCCACCUGUUACACGCCACGGACAAAAGAGCGAGCCAAGGUCGUUACUAAUGGCGGCUUAUUUGUGAAGGCGCACACUCCCACGCGUGUAGUUCAGGCAGCUCUCAGAGCAGAAACCAGCUGAGCCAGAAUAAGAGUCAACACGACGUGGAAAAGAUUUAAAGGCACUUCUGAAGCAAUCCCCGAGUCCGUUGCAGAGAUGCAGUCCGUGCUGUAAAAAGCACCUCUGACAUCCUCUAACGUCACUUACACGCAGCAAGCAUUUGCUGCAUGUCGAGUUGACUUUACUGUCACAUUCACGUGAAACGACAUAAGUCGUGCUGCAGGUGCACACUCAGUCCACACGGAGGCACAAACACAAAGUUUCAUGACGGGGUCUCCACUAGAGAUUACUGUGCGUCACGUUACCGUGACGUCAUUCAUUUUGCAUCAGGCCGACCUGGCAUCAGAGGCGACUGCGCUGUCCACAUGUGCUGUAAUCAGAUGCUACCCCCUCCUGUGCCUAUAAGCGUGUGGAUAAAGACAGAAGGAAUACUGCACCUAACGAUCUCACUCCACGUUCACGGCACCGGAGUCCCGGUGGAAAGCUGUGAGGAGGCGUUUGCUCCAGACAAACAUAAAGUGGGGGGAUUUACAAGCUGCAAACAUCGACUGAGCCGGAGCAGCAUUUUCACACGUUUCCACAGAAUAUGCUAUAAAUAACUCGAGGCUCUACAGGUUGGUGUGUUGGAUGCUGAGUGGCUGCAGGCGGCAGGUUGAGGAGGGGCUGGAUGCUGUGGGCUCCAGUGAUUGUUUUCCUCCUUUCUUGCGCUUCCAUUGAUCAGUAACGCGAGGAAGGCGGAUCCUCUGACGUCGCCGUCAAGCUGCUCGGCUGCGUCAGAGUCCUGCUGAACCAAGGAAGAAGGAACCAAGAAAUAAAAGGAGAGCGCUUCGGAAAGGCCGAGCGGAGCGCACGGAGCGUGACGGGGACAUACAGACGCGUCGUGAAGAACACCGCAGACAUGGAGGGCUGCACGGAGGAAGAAUACAAGGAGAAAUUACUAUGGAACGUCAAACGAGAGGUGAAGCAGAUUAUGGAGGAAGCAGUGACUAAGAAGUUUGUCCACGAAGACAGCAGCCACAUCAUCGCUCUCUGCACUGCCGUCGAGGCCUGCCUGGGUCACCUGCUGAAGAGACGAGCUGCUGGGUUUCUCCGCAGCGACAAGAUCGCAGCCCUCUUCACCAAGGUCGGCAAAGUCUGCGACACCGCCGGCGAGGUUUGCCGUAAAGUGCAGGAGCAGCUCCAGCAGCAGGCUGAUCUUACCAGGAGAACCCAGAGCGUGGGCCACGAACCCCUGAGGAGACAAGGCUCUUCCACCACCAGCCGGCCCCCUCAGCCCCUCUCCGCCCAGGCCAUCAAACACAUCUGGGUCCGCACGGCUCUCUUCGAGAAAGUUCUGGACAAGAUUGUGCAGUACAUUGUGGACAACUGCAGUAAAUACUAUGAGAGGGAAGCUCUGAUGCAUGACUCAGUCUUUGGGCCCAUCUUGGCAGCCCUACUAGUGGGGCCGUGUGCUCUGGAGUACACGAAGCUGAAGACUUCGGAUCAUUUCUGGACAGACCCCUCAGCCAAUGAGCUGGUUCAGCGCCAUCGUAUUCACGGGGCCCACCGGGGCCAGGACGUCUUAGCCGGCCACCGGCCUGCUCUGGGGAUCCGCAAAAGGCAGUCGAGCGGCAGCAUGUCAGAGGACAGGUUUGCUGCAUCAGCGAGGGAGUAUGUGGAGUCUCUUCACCAAAACUCCAGAACGCACCUGCUCUAUGGGAAAAAUAAUGUCCUUGUGCAACCGAAGAAGGACAUGGAGGUUUUACGGGGUUACUUGUCUCUCCAUCAAGCGGGGGAUAAUCUCACGCUGAAGUGGACACCCAAUCAGCUCAUCAAUGGCACACUGGGAGACUGCGACCUGGAGAAAAGUAUCUACUGGGAUUACGCACUCACUGUUCCUCUGCGCCAGAUAGUAUGCAUCCACUGUCACCAACGCUCUGACUGUGGGGGGACACUGGUUCUGGUCAGUCAGGAUGGGAUCCAGCGGCCACCCCUGCACUUUCCCCCUGGUGGUCACCUGCUGGCCUUUCUCUCCUGUCUGGAAACGGGCCUGUUACCACGGGGCCAGUUGGAGCCGCCUCUCUGGUCCCAAAAAGGAAAGGGAAAAGUAUUCCCUAAACUGAGGAAGAGGAGUAGUGCCGCCAGGCUUAUCGACCAGGAAGCCAACGGCGAGGAGCAGUCGGCCGCCGACUACGUGUUUCGCAUCGUCUACCCUGGAUAUCGAUACGAAGCCAUCACUAUAAACUACCACCACACCACGGGCAGCCGCGCUCCAUCGCUGGAUGAUGACGAGGAAGAGGAAGAUAGGCUCCAUGCUAUGAUCUCAAUGAUCUGCUCGCGGAACCUCACAGACCCUAAUGUCAUGAAAGACCACGGGGACAUGAUGGACACGCAGGGCUUUGGAGGCAGCCCGUCGUCGUGGCAACAGGCUGAAGUCACCACUCACGAGUCCCUGUGCCAGUCCUGCUCCACCGCUGGCAGCAACCUGUCCUUUGACUACGCGUCUGGCUGUACCUGCAUACACGACCCGUCAGAUAUUCACACUAUUCCUCUGAAGAUGCUCUGCCAGAACAUGAAGCGGCAGAUAGUCUCCAGAGCCUUCUAUGGAUGGCUGGCAUACUGUCGACACCUGUCCACAGUGCGGACUCACCUGUCAGCUCUGGUCAACCACAACAUCGUCCCCCCAGACAGACCCUGCGAGGCAUCCGGGGGCCUCAGCAAAGAGGUGUGGAGCAAGUACCAGAAAGACUGCAAGAACUACAAGGAGCUGGAGCUGCUCCGGCUGGUUUAUUACGGUGGAGUGCAGCACGAAAUCAGAAAGGAGGUGUGGCCUUUUCUUCUGGGACACUACAAGUUUGGCAUGAGCAAAAAGGAGAUGAGUAAGGUACAGUGCACGUGCGCACACACACACACACACACACACACACUCUUUGAAUUCGCCCUGAAGUUAGUAAAACCCUGUGUGAAGAUCGAUGCAAAGAUCGGCGAGCGGUACCAGCAGGUGAUGCGGGAGUGGAAGGCCUGCGAGGUGAUCGUCAAGCAGCGGGAGAAGGAGAUGCAGUCGGCCAUCUUUGCCAAGCUCUCCUCGGGCAGCAGCAUCGACAGCCACGUCCUGCGGCUCGUCCACAGAGACUCCACGCUCAGCAAUGAGGUGUUCAUGUCUGUAGAUGAGCAGGAUGCAGGAAGCCAGGAGACCCCCAGCGGAGAGGACAGCACUCCCACAAUGACCAACCUGGUGCCCCCCGUGGCCCUCCCACAAGAAGAGCGUCCUCUGGUAGAAUUCGAUUCCCCCGACUCAGGGCUCCCCUCCUCUAGAAACUACUCUGUGACCUCUGCUCACUCCCAGAUCCUGUCUAGUAUCGAUGACGGUCAGAGCACAGAGGAGGAGGGUGGGGGCGCGGAGGACGGCAGGACUCCCAGUGAGCUGGCGGGGUGCCGGGACUCUCUGACGGAAGACAGGCUGUGCAGUCAGCUGGACAAACUGGUGACCAGUGGAGCAGCUGCUGAGGGGACGUCACCAUCGCUCUCUUCCUAUACAAUCGAGUUGUUGGACACGGUCGCCCUCAACCUCCACAGAAUAGACAAAGAUGUCCAGCGCUGCGAUCGCAACUACUAUUAUUUCACCACGAGCAACCUGGAGAAACUCCGCAACAUCAUGUGCAGCUAUGUGUGGGAGCAUUUAGAGAUGGGCUACGUUCAGGGCAUGUGUGACCUCCUCGCUCCGCUCAUGGUCAUCCUGGAUGAUGAGUGCCUGGCGUACAGCUGUUUCACUCAGCUGAUGAAGAGGAUGAGUCAGAACUUCCCUAAUGGUGGAGCCAUGGACUCGCACUUUGCCAACAUGAGGUCACUGAUCCAGAUCCUGGACUCGGAGCUGUUCGAGCUGAUGCAGCAGAACGGAGAUUACACUCACUUCUACUUCUGUUACCGGUGGUUCCUGUUGGACUUCAAGAGAGAGCUGCUGUACGACGACGUGUUUGCGGUGUGGGAGGUGAUCUGGGUGGCUCCCAGGAUUUCCUCGCAGCACUUUGUCCUCUUCCUGGCCUUGGCGCUGGUCACAGUUUACCGUGAGAUCAUCGUGGACAACAACAUGGACUUCACCGACAUCAUUAAAUUCUUUAAUGAAAUGGCUGAGCGGCACGAUGUCCAGCAUAUCCUGAAGGUAGCACGUGAGCUGGUGCACAAAGUCCAGUCUCUGAUGGACAACAAGUAACUGUGAUGAAGAAGGCAGAAAGAGGAAUGGGAGGAUGCAGAGGGAGAGUGUCUGACCCUGCUGGAAACUAGAGCACUUCCUGCCUCCACUUACCCAGGCCACAGCCGGGUGGUCGAGGCGUCCCUUUUCUCCAGAUGAAGGCCCCGGGAAUGGGGCGGCUGUUGGAGCUCGGCCCCGAUCUGUUUACAUUGCCCUUCACGUGGAAUGCCCAUGGUACCUGUUCGGACAUGUGGAUUUGUCUGCAUGCUUGUGAGUUUGAUCACACUGUGAACGCAUUCUUGAGUUUCCCCAGUCCUACAGAGUUUGCGUGCGUGCAUGAAACACACACACACACACACUAUCACAACUCGGUUUUCUAAAGUCGCACUCUUUUCCUCGACUCUGAGACUGAACAUGUUGGAUGGCUGUCAGGAAAGUUGAGGCUCUCAGUGUUUGUGUUUGUCCAUGCAGUGCCAUCUGUGGCCACUAGAGUGCAGGAUGUACACACAGCAGAAGACUUAGCCACGAAGACGUUUUCAUUAGUGACCAAAUGGACUGUGCCAACGACCUUUUCAUGAGUGUUUUCUACAAGCAUGUGUGUUUUUACCCCCUCUUUUCUUUUUGUCCACAAAGUCAUUAUGACACAAAUGUUGCCUUUUUCAGUAACAGCCCAAGGUACUUACUUGCACUUUGUUGUGAGCGGGUCCUUCGCGGUCCCUGUGAAGGCCACGCCACAGUCUGUGGGGGCCGGAGGAGCCUGCGAGAGGCCGGACCGUUUAGAAACUCAGGAUGAAUUGCAGCCAGCUUUUCUGAACAUGUUGGUCAGUGUUUGAAGCAUGUUUACUCCCAGAGCACAACAGGAAACGCAAGCACACGAGCCUUCCUCCUUAUCCUCGCAAUUUUAAAAGGGCCACAGCUACGUUUGAGAGCUGCACCUCAACUUAUCUCAAUCAGUUUCACCUUGAGUUUAAAUAGUUUUUAGCUCUUUUUGUGGCUGCUCAUCAAUUUCAGAGAGCCAAAGGUUUCCGGCACAACGUCACCUACAUCCAAGGUGAGCAGGAGAAAGGUGGUGAAGAAUCCAGCGACGCUUGAAACACUAGGAAACGACUUUACGUGUCGGGGUCAUUACAAAAUACCAAACAUGCUAUUUCUGGCUUCGCUGAGCCUACAAAGACUGAGUUUUCAAAGGCAGACUAAGAAGACAAACUGAUCUAAUUAGGAUUAGUUGAAUUAAAAUUUAAAAACUGAUUUAUCUAGCAGUGUUUGGAUAUUUUUAUGAAAAGAAUGAAAAUCACUUCCUUGAAGGAAACCUCAAACAGCUGGCUGUAGUUUAGCAGACGUCACAAUAAGAUCAUAGACUCGAGUUAGUGUUGUAGUGCUGUUUGUUCAUAACUUACAGCUUUUUCCAGCUGUUUAAAAACAGUAUUUAACAGUUAGUCAGAAACAUGUACCUUUCUUGGUUCCCCGUCCCCGAGACUUAAAAGGAAGUUCUUGUCUGAUUGUUGGGAUCUCUCGCUAAUCUCAAAGGGUCUUUGCCUUGCUAUUAAAUCACACUGAGACAACAAGUAGUUGAGCUAAUUUUGUGAUAUACUUCCUGGAGUAUAAUUAUUUCAGAUAAUCUUUGAUUAACAUUUAAAUUUGUAUGAUCCUUAACUAUCACACAACAGAGCUGAACUAUAGUGUGAAAGCUCCAAUAACCAGCUACAAGUAAAUCCAUUUAACUUCAUAGAAAAUGUCCGUUUCAGAUCGAUCUGUGUUGAAAUGUUGUUGACAUUUGGUGAAGCUGCAGGAAAUAGAAGCACACAUUAUUAGGCAUUCCCUGGGAAAAAACAAACCAGAUCGAGUAUAUGGGAUAGAACGCGAGACACGAGGAUGCAGGAUGUGGUCAGUGCUUGUUUGACUUUUCGCAGCAAAGAAUAUUCUCGGGAAACAUAGACCAUCCUUUCAGUAGUUUCCUUUGAAACAUGCACGCUGACCUGAAGGCACCACGAAGACUGUUCAACUUCCUUUUGCAUUCAGAAGCACUGUCCAGAGAAGUGGUUGCAAUUGUCCCUGUGAAGCCGAAGUCCAGCCUCUGAGACUCGGACUGGGUUUGUCUUUACAGUCCCAGGUUUAGAGAAAAAACAACAGAAAUCUGAAAGAAGCUGCUUUUAAUGCCAUCACUAGUGUUCAGUGGAUCAGUAUUACAGUGUGUUGGUGUUGGCUUCAGAGUAACAGCACAUUCACGUUUGUAUCUGAAGGGAGUCGGAUGCUUUUUUGACACCCUCCCUGCUCUCCCUUCUUCUCAGUGUGACCCUUUAUCGCUCCUUAAACCGUCCAACGCGACCGCGUACGAUCGGUCGUCCGACACGGACCUGCACCUGUGAUUCAAGUGCCAAGAGUCUUCCCCAAUCCUAACGUGUACUGUAGUCAUCCUGCUCUCCGAUUGCUAGUUUGAUCCCAGGAACAGGCCGUGGCAUUGGAUGGACCUCGCUACGGCCCCUCCUCCCCGCCGCCGCGGAGGCUCAGAGGAGGAAUCGGGUCCGUGCUUUUUCUUCCGAUCAGGACGUUGUGUACCAAAGCCUUGAAACAGCCCCCUCUGUGGCAUGACGACAACGUGCAAUUUCAUACUGCAUCUUGAAGACUGACUGUUUACUAUUUGUGUAAAAUAUUUUUGGAAAUGGUGUUCUUGAAUUCUUUCACUACUGUGCAAUUUCUGUCAUUUGAGAAACCCAUCAAAGUCUAUACUGCUGUACAUAUGAACCAAAAGCCCAAUAUUUCUAUGAAGACAGACACAACAUAUAUACAAAUACACAUAUAACUUAUUUUGAGAUCUAUUUUUAUGUUGGUUUUAGCAGCACUAGCCAGAGGUGUGUACUGUGCAGAAAUGCAGAAUGUGUGCAGACCAUGUUACAGAUUGACUGUUAAGUGUUCUCUCUUAAUGUUGUGCACUGACUUCGAGAUUUCAAAUUUCUAUUUAUGUAGGGAGCCAACGAUUGCAUUGCUGAAUAUGUAUUGGUAAGGGUGUAUCAUUUGCCUUGAAUGUAAUGUAUUAUUAAAUAAGAAGUUGUUCAUGA